CAGUUCAAUUGUGAGUUUUCAAAGAAACGUAAACCGCUGCUAAAUCUGUUUUCCCAUCUAACUGAUUUCUUUCAGUAAAUAGUAAGUAAAUCGUUUUAAUGAGCAGUGGUAUUGCUUCUGGUCUUGUGGCAUGCCGAAGUCUGCUUCUUAAUGCAUUAUUAAUAAAGAUUUGCUGUAUAGACUAAGCCAGCUGAACUGAAGACCGUUCUUUAUACCCACUGCAUGUUUUGUGAGCCCUUCACUCUUCAUUACAACUUUUCUGGGCAUCAGAAUGUAUUGAAGAAAUCAAAUUAUGACAUAUGAUGUUCACGCCAUUUAAAUUUGCCCCUUUUUACAGGACAGGAGAGCAGAGAGUGAAAAUACUUUCUCUCAUCACUCAAGUCAUGUUGCAUUGGACUGUAUUGGCAGAUUGGAAAGUUUUGCUGUUGGUGACACUUACAUGGGAAUGCUUCUGUGAUGAGGAACUGAAGCCCACGAGAUGGCCACUGUAUCCCCAAAAGCCAUUGGUUUUGGCCUGGAAUGCUCCGACAGAAGAAUGCCGUCCACGGCACAGCAUUAUAUUUCAGCUGGAUCAGUUCCAGAUUGUGGCGUCUCCCAACGAAGGCUUUGUCCGCCAGAACCUCACCAUCUUUUACAAGGACCGCUUAGGGUUGUACCCCUACUAUGAUGAGCAUGAUGGCACUGCCAUGAACGGUGGGCUUCCACAGGUUACCAGUCUCACCCAGCACCUUAGCAAGGUGCCAGACGGGAUUCAGUAUUACAUACGGGAAGCAGAGGCCAAGGGACUGGCAGUUAUUGACUGGGAGGAGUGGAGACCAUUGUGGAUCCGCAACUGGGACGUCAAGAAUGUGUACCGCAGCCGGUCUAAGCAGCUGGUGGCCCAAAAGAACCCAACCUGGCCUUCAGAGCGUGUGGCUAAGGUAGCCCAGCAAGAGUUUGAGAUGUCAGCCCGGAGGUUUAUGCUGGAGACCCUACGGCUGGCCAAGAGCCUCCGGCCCAACCAGCUCUGGGGUUUCUACCUGUUCCCAGACUGCUACAACCAUGACUACAAGAUCACUCUGGAGAACUAUACCGGCCGCUGCCCUGACGUGGAGGUGGCCCGGAAUGAAAAGCUGAAAUGGCUUUGGACUGAGAGCACGGCCCUGUUCCCUUCUGUCUACAUGGGUACUAUGCUACGCUCUUUGCCCUCGGGUCGGCAGUUUGUCCGAAACCGGGUGAAGGAGGGGAUGCGUCUGGCGUCAAGUGGAGAGGGGCUGGCACGUCCUGUCUUUGUGUACGCCAAGCCCACCUAUGUCAACGUACUGGACCUGCUGACAGAGACCGACCUGGUCUCCACCAUCGGGGAGAGUGUGGCUUUGGGGGCCGCAGGCAUCAUCCUCUGGGGAGAUCACACGUAUGCAGGCAGCAAGGCCAGCUGCAAAAACCUGAAUGAGUACCUCCGUGGCCCGCUUGGCCGGUACCUACUCAAUGUCUCCACUGCGGCAGAGCUGUGCAGCCAGACGCUGUGCGGCUCCCGUGGACGCUGCCUCCGCCGGCACGCCGACACUGACACCUACCUGCACCUCAGCCCCCACAACCACAGCAUAGAGGCACUGGCAAAUGGCACGCUCAGGAUUCAAGGUCAGCUUGGCGAAGAGGAGGCCGCGGGCUUCCGUAGGGACUUCUGGUGCCAGUGCUAUGCUGGCUUCAAGGGAGGUGGCUGCAGCCAGAAAGACCCUCUACAGCAAAGAGGGAGUGCGCCUCCGUCCAUGAAUUCGCGGGGGAGCUGCGUGCUAGUACUACUCGUCACACUGCUGUUCUGAGCGCAUGCGUCGCAAUGCGACUACCCUCAGUGGAUAGAAUUUUUACUGUUAGAUGACAAACCAAACAAGCACACAGACAUUACAUACAGACUUUAGGGCUGAAGUCCACGCUGUGGUCCAUAUUGCUGUAUGGUUAAAUCAACACUAUGGAACUACCAGCUUUAUGGCACUUAGUGUGUUUUCUUAAUUUUUUGACAAUAGAGGGCUCGCUGGAAGUAACCUUGUUUACAUUGCUCUCUCUCUUUGUUUCCUUCCCACCCGCGCUCUCUCCCUUUCUCUUUCCCUGUCAUUUUCUCAUGGAUACUGAGUCUAUAUUUUUACGUGGAAAUUAAUUGUGGUUUUCAAAUGAAUUUUUGAUGUAUGUAAAGGUUUGUGUUAUGUGUAUGUGCCAACAUGAGCCAUCUGCACUCCAUCCUUAGAAUAGAAAAAAAAUAGUUAUUAGUGCCUUGACACAGAUAUUUUUUAUCUUGAAGUAAAUCUGAGUAUUUAUAUGAAUGUGUUUUCACAUUUAAACAAAUGUUUGUUGUCAAAUUUAUGCCAAAACACACUACUGUUUUCCUCUUAAAUAUGUACUAUGUUUCAGACCCUCAAAAUAAAUCACAGCUGUAAGAACACCCAA